UAAUGCCGAGUUUCCCGACGUCGUCUGGGUCUUGCCGCGCUGCUCUUGCAAACAGUUCAUUUAUGUCGUUAGCAGCGCCGUUGGUGGCCCGAUUUCGUUGGUGGCCGCCGCGGUCACACGUGCGAGGGGAGGGAUUCAAAUCGGUGUAAGUAGCACCCGUUAUCCGUUGUUAGAAGGGAUUCAAAUCGGUGUGAGUAGCACCCGUUAUCCGUUAUUUGAAGGGAUUCAAAUCGGUGUGAGUAGCACCCGUUAUCCGUUAUUUGAAGGGAUUCAAAUCGGUGUGAGUAGCACCCGUUAUCCGUUAUUUGAAGGGAUUCAAAUCGGUGUGAGUAGCACCCGUUAUCCGUUAUUUGAAGGGAUUCAAAUCGGUGUGAGUAGCACCCGUUAUCCGUUAUUUGAAGGGAUUCAAAUCGGUGUAAGUAGCACCCGUUGGCUGUUACCUCACGGUGUUUUGCUGUGGGGUGUUACAGGGCUGGAAGAAACUUUGUUGAUUAGUUCAAAAUGUAGCAGCAAGAAGGCCACAACUUUGCAGACAGUGAGGAUGCCAAGGAGCAAUGUUUUGGACCGAGUACAGAGCUUUUUACCACAGAUGGCCCAUGCAAAUGAUGAGCUAAGAAAAAAAAUGGUAACAGCACCAGCUCAUCAGUUUGAUAUUGAAAAUCUAGACAGUGCAACAGAAAAAGUCAUAGAAAUGAAUGUGGCUGUAGUUGAGCUGAGUGAUUCUGAUACAGAUGAAGACAUACUAAUUUCAGAAGAUGACUCAGAAUCUGAAGAUGACUGUAAAACUGAUGAAGUGACAAUAGACAAUAUUAAGUUUCCUAAACAAAAGGGAGAAAAGGGUAAAAUAGAAAUUUUGGACAGCAAAGCGAAUGACUAAAUCUAUUUUUAUUUUA